UCAACUUAAGCUGCGCAUGGCUGCCUUUUUUAUUUCGUCAUUUUCACUCAGCUGAUUACUCCUCCAGCUCCAGCUCCAGCUCCAGCCUCCACCCAUGAUCCCUGUAACGCUAUCCAAUUUCUUCCUUCACCUCAUCCUCUUUAUUCACUCUUCUUCUUCUUCUCCCGUCUCCAUAUCUGUCACCCCGAAAACAUUAGCCAAGUCCGGCCACCCGGUUACCAUCCAAUGGUCCGGUAUCGACUCCCCCUCCAAACUUGACUGGCUUGGUAUUUACUCCCCACCCACCUCCUCCAACGACAACUUCAUAGGCUACAUCUUUCUCUCCACCUCACCAGGAUGGGAAUCAGGAUCAGGUUCCAUUUCAAUCCCAUUGGUCAACCUAAGAUCCGAAUACCAGUUCCGGAUCUUCCGGUGGAUCCAGUCUGAGAUAACCAAUGCCACGCGCUUUGACAAUGACCAUAACCCACUUCCAGGGACUGAGCACAAGUUGGUGGAAUCGGGAGAAGUCGGGUUUGAACCGGGUCGGGGACCCGAACAGGUGCACCUGGCGUUAACGGGUCGGGUGGGUGAGAUGCGUGUUAUGUUUGUGACCCAUGAUGGGAAAGACAAUUCGGUGAGAUAUGGGCUGACCCGGGGAAAGAUGGAACAGACUGUGGGUGCUCGGGUCUUGAGGUAUGAACGGGAGGAUAUGUGCCAUGCACCUGCUACUGAUAGUGUAGGGUGGAGGGAUCCCGGCUAUAUCCAUGAUGGUGUCAUGACUGAUCUGAGGAAAGGAAAGAGGUAUUAUUAUCAGGUUGGUCGUGAUUCUGGGGGAUGGAGUGACAUUUUCAGCUUUGUGACCCCAAAUGCCCAUUUAAAGGAAACAAUUGCUUUCUUGUUUGGUGACAUGGGGACAUCAACACCUUAUACAACCUUCGAUCGCACGCAGGAGGAAAGCAGUUCAACUCUGAAAUGGAUUAGUCGUGAUAUCGAAGCAAUAGGCGACAAGCCCGCAUUUGUCUCGCAUAUUGGAGACAUCAGCUAUGCCAGAGGAUACUCAUGGUUGUGGGACAAUUUUUUCAAUCAAAUUGAACCUGUUGCCUCCAAAGUCCCCUAUCAUGUAUGCAUCGGUAAUCAUGAGUAUGACUGGCCAUCACAGCCUUGGAAGCCUGAUUGGGCCAGCUCUGUUUAUGGGAAAGAUGGGGGUGGUGAAUGUGGGGUGCCCUAUAGUCUCAGGUUUAACAUGCCUGGAAACUCUUCUGAACUUACUGGAACAAGGGCACCUGCCACUAAAAAUCUCUACUAUUCCUUUGAUUUUGGGGUAGUGCAUUUUGUGUAUAUGUCGACCGAGACAAACUUUCUUCCAGGGAGUGACCAAUAUAACUUCUUGAAGCAUGAUUUAGAAUCGGUUGACAGAAAAAAGACCCCUUUUGUGGUUGUUCAAGGGCACAGGCCGAUGUACAGCACCUGCCAUAGACCUAAAGAGGUCCCUUUGAAGGAGAAACUGGUUGAACACAUAGAACCGCUACUGGUGAAGAAUAAAGUGAGCCUUGUAUUAUGGGGUCAUGUACAUAGAUACGAGAGGUUUUGCCCGCUGAAUAACUUCACUUGCGGGAACAUGGGCAAGAAUGGAGAUCAGAAUUGGGAGGCAUACCCUGUCCAUGUAGUGAUUGGAAUGUCUGGACAAGACUGGCAACCUGAGUGGGAACCAAGGGCAGAUCAUCCUAAUGAUCCUGUUUUCCCACAGCCAGAGUUGUCGUAUUUUCGGGCCGGUCAGUUUGGCUACACUAAAAUCGUUGCUACGGAGAAAAAACUUACAUUUUCUUUCGUGGGAAAUCAUGAUGGGGAGGUGCAUGAUGAGGUGGAAAUAAUGGCACCAGGUCAAGUUCUCAAUCAUGCUGGAGCAACUAGUGAGGAGGAAGCCACUGAGUCAUGGUACUAUAUGAAGAACAUCAGUCUAAUGGUCUGUGUGGCUUUUGUUGCAUAUUUUCUUGGUUUCACAUCACACUUUAGAAAGGAAGCUGCCUUAGAUAAGAACUGGGCUCGUUUAAAGGAAGAAGAUGUUUGAUUUUUGUGUUAUCUCUUCUGAAACGGGAUUUGUGUAACAAAUUUUUGCACCAUUAGCAACUGGUGACAUUGCAACAUGUGCUUGCAAUUGGAUCAAUUGAACCUUGAACUGGCAUUUUUAGACCUACUUUACCUACUUUCCAGUAGUCUGGUAAUUUUCAACCAAGAAUCCUUCGUGAGUGAUCUGGAA